GGCUCCUGAGGCGGGCGAAGAGCAGAAGAGCGGGGGAUGCUGAGGGGAGCGGAAUGCGCGGGAGAGACGGGAAUUAGGCGCGCGAUGAUUGGCGUCAAGGGCCAUUGAGGCAUCGGUUUGAGGUCACAGGAUUGUUGUUUGGAGGUGAAAAUGGGGGAAAUAGAAGGUACUUACAGAGUAUUACAGACUCCAGGUUCUCGUUUGGGAGUCCAGAAAAACUCUGGAGUGAGUACGCUGGAACCAGGACAAAGCCUCUCCUCUGCCAUAGCAUCAGCACCAGCUAAAGCACAUGAGAGGGCUCUACAGAUCAAAAUAAAGCUUUUGGACAAUACUGUGGAGGUGCUUGAUAUCGAGUCAAAAUGUUAUGGCCAGAAACUGCUGACAGAAGUAUUUAAUCAUCUGAAUUUGGUUGAGUCUGACUACUUUGGGAUUGAGUUCCAGAAUACACAGUCAUAUUGGAUUUGGAUUGAGCCUAUGAAACCCACCAUUAAGCAGAUACGAAGACCAAAGAAUGCAAUGCUUCGUCUAGCUGUAAAAUUCUUUCCUCCUGAUCCUGGUCAGCUGCAAGAGGAGUAUACCAGGUAUCUAUUUGCAUUACAAAUCAAGAGAGACCUAGCAGAGGAACGCCUUACCUGCAAUGAUAACACAGCAGCACUCCUCAUAGCUCACCUUCUGCAGUCGGAGAUUGGAGACUUUGAUGAAUCAGGAGACCGAGAACACCUUAAAAAUAAUCAGUAUUUUCCAAACCAGGACAGACUGCAAGCAAAAAUACUUGAAUUUCACAGGAAACACAUUGGCCAAACUCCUGCUGAAUCAGAUUUCCAAGUACUUGAAAUAGCUCGGAAGUUAGAGAUGUAUGGCAUGAGGUUUCACUUGGCUUCUGACCGUGAGGGGACAAAAAUUAACUUGGCUGUUUCACAUUUGGGUGUUCUGGUAUUUCAGGGUAAUACAAAAAUCAAUACUUUUAACUGGUCCAAAAUCCGAAAAAUAAGCUUCAAGAGAAAACGAUUCCUGAUUAAGCUUCACCCAGAGGUUCAUGGCCCAUAUCAGGAUACUCUGGAAUUUCUUUUAGGAAGUAGAGAUGAAUGCAAGAACUUCUGGAAAAUAUGUGUUGAGUAUCACACUUUCUUCAGGUUAUUUGAUCAGCCAAAACCAAAGUCAAAAGCAGUCUUCUUCAGCAGAGGAUCGUCUUUCAGAUACAGUGGGCGUACACAGAAACAAUUAGUGGAUUAUGUUAAAGAGAGUGGGUUGAAAAAAAUUCCAUAUGAAAGGAGGCACAGCAAAACCAGAAUGUCUGCUCACACCUUGAAUGCUGAUGCAGCUAAACAAAGUCUCUCGUUUACAGAUGGGGUAAGAACCCCUGGGUUUAAUACAUGUACAUAUGCCUCCUUACAUUCGGAUAAUGUAAUGUCCACAAAUGUUGCCAGCUUGCCCGCUUUCACAGACAGAAAUCCUUACUUUUUGGAGCCCAGAAUGUCACAUACAAGGAGCUUGUCAGCAGGAGGAAAUAGUGGAAUAUCAGAAGAAACUGGGAAGAAUGUGAUACAGGAGCCUGGAUCACCAGUUCUCCAGUCAUUCCAAGGUACUCAGCUGGCUUCUUUUAAAAUGAAGAGUCCAAUGACCUUAAAUCCCCCAUUUCAAGUGAAUAUGAAUAUAUCUGGCCAGGGCUCAUCUCCUCUUUUGAGUCCUGUUCUGAGUGAUGUUGGUGGUGCCAGAGUAGAGGAAGAGGAUGAAACAAAGCGGAAGAGAUAUCCAACAGACAAAGCAUAUUUCAUUGCAAAGGAAAUUCUUGCUACUGAACGAACUUAUUUGAAGGACCUAGAAGUACUAACUGUAUGGUUCCGCAGUGCAGUUGUUAAGGAGAAUGCCAUGCCAGAAGGACUCAUGUCCUUGUUCUUCUCUAAUAUAGACCCUAUCUAUGAGUUUCACAGUGGUUUCCUGAAAGAGCUUGAGCAGCGUGUAGCACUCUGGGAGGGACGUUCCAGUGCUUCUGCAAAAGGAGAUUAUCAACGGAUUGGCGAUGUCAUGCUGAAAAACAUGCACACACUAAAGGAGUUUACCAGCUACCUGCAGAAGCAUGAUGAAGUCUUAACCGAAUUAGAGAAAGCAACUAAGCGUAUUAAGAAACUGGAAAUGGUUUAUAAGGAAUUUGAACUCCAGAAAGUUUGUUAUUUGCCACUCAACACUUUCCUACUCAAACCCAUUCAGAGGUUAAUGCACUACAAACUGAUCUUGGGGAGACUUUGCAAGCACUACACGCCAGAUCACCGGGACUAUGCAGACUGCAGAAAUGCACUGAAGGAAAUCACAGAAAUGACAUCACAUCUUCAAAAUAGCCUGAUCCGUUUGGAAAAUUUCCAGAAGUUGACAGAAUUACAGCAUGACCUGCUUGGCAUUGAUAACCUUGUUGCAGCUGGCAGAGAAUUUAUCCGGGAAGGUUGCUUAUACAAGCUAACAAAAAAGGGUUUACAGCAAAGGAUGUUCUUUCUGUUUUCAGAUAUGUUGCUCUACACAAGCAAAGGAGUAACAGGAACAAAUCAGUUCAAAAUUCAUGGUCAUCUUCCUCUGCAUGGAAUGCUGGUGGAAGAGAGUGAAAAUGAAUGGUCUGUACCUCAUUGCUUUACAAUCUAUUCGGCUCAGAAGACCAUAGUGGUGGCAGCGAGCACUCGCCUGGAAAGGGGAAGGGGAUGGAAGUCUGAACAUGGCAAUUGAAAUGGCCAAGAAAAAUCACUGAGAGAAAUCAGAUAUGUUUCUGGAAAAUUCCCUCUGCAAUCGUUCUAAACAUUUUCUACUCCCUUGCUGUUUCUCCAGAACUUCCUCCUCGCUAUUUGCUGGGCCAGACCCAGCGGCCCAACACUAUCACCCAUGUUUGCUGGUACCGCAAUCAAAGCCUAUCAUUGUCUGAUUAUCUGUGCAUGAUUCAGAACCAGCUGUCAGGAUAUCUACUGAGGAAAUUCAAAAACAGCAACGGAUGGCAGAAAUUAUGGGUGGUUUUCACAAACUUCUGUCUGUUCUUCUACAAAACACACCAG